CGAAUCACAUAUGACCUUUUGUUGGCCCUAGCACUAAAAUUCACAUAUGAUGCUUUCAAUCAUCUUAUUAAUUAAUAUCAGGAAUUUGGAUUACAAUAUCAUAUUUUGAUUUUUUUAUGAUCGGAUGAUUUCCUUCUUAGGGCUGCCUGUGUUACACAGAGCGACUUUGAAGACUGGUGUCUAACUAUUGCACAUGGUGACAACAACCGUCUCAACAAAAGAAACAUCUAAAGAAAAAACCCUUUCAAAGUUAUGGGUUCUGGCUCAUCAACACCCGAGAUAACAGGAAAUCCCCCUACCCUACCUCCCUCAGUAGCUGCUCCGGCAAGUAAAGUCCAGGCAGGACCUCCCAGUGGAUGUCCUAUGCACCAGUCCAAUCAGACAUCAGGAGAAUGGAAGAGCGAGUGCCCUGCAAGUGGGGCAAUGUCUGCUGGCGGAUGUCCCAUGAGAGAAGAUGGUUUAGAUCCAACCAAUAUGAUGCCCCCAGCCAAUCAGCAGCCUUCUCCAGGGCAGCCAUUUCCAUUAUCCACUGACAGAGUGGUCUCAAGUAUCCCAAAGGGUGGCUCAAAUGAUAAAUGGGUCUACCCCUCUCCUCAAAUGUUUUGGAAUGCCAUGGUGCGCAAAGGAUGGAAAUGGGAAAAAGAUGACUUGAAUCCCAAUGACAUGGGUCAUAUUAUCAAGAUCCACAAUGCUAACAAUGAGAGGGCGUGGCAGGAAAUCUUAAAAUGGGAGGCUCUCCAUGCAAAGGAAUGUCGUAACCCAAAGCUAAUCAGUUUCAAGGGCAGAGCCCAGGAUUUCACAAUCAGAGCACGGAUUAGAAGUCUGUUAGGGUAUGAGCUACCAUUUGACAGACAUGACUGGAUUGUCGACCGUUGUGGCAGGCAUGUUCGGUACAUCAUUGAUUAUUAUGAUGUUGGUGAUGAGGAUGCAUACAAGACUGGCGAGUUUGUGGAAUUAGAUGUCCGGCCUGCCCCAUUUGACUCAUUUGGCUCUGCCCUGGAUAGAAUGAGAGUUGCCAUGCUUAGGUGGUCAUUAUAUUUCAGCAGUGGAAAUGAAACCUCUGAUGCCCAGCCUUCAAAAUCUGACUAGGUGUCCUUAUUUAGCUUUCCAUUAAGUUUAUGGAGCUUUCCUGUAUUUGAACUAAUGUCCUCUUAUCAAGGAGGUGCUUUACAGUAGAGCAGGGUUCUACUGUAUUUUAUGAUCCCUGAAGAUGCAAUAAUUAUGAAAUAAUGUUUAUUCUGUUUUGUGUUACCGCUCAGGAAACUUGGGCCUGACAACCCAUGCUUUAUUCACAUUCAAUGAAUAGGUGUAAUCAAUCUGGCCUAGUGCAAGUACAUUAGAACCUUGAUGUAACAUUAUGGGAUGGGACUGAAAAGUCUUUUUAGGUAUGUCAAAACAAGGUCAUUUCCCGUUAUUUUAUAGUUGGCGGGGUCAGAAAUUACAGGGCCGUAGCAGGGGCUGGGCUACUGGGAACAUGUCCCCCCCCCCCAAUUAAAAAAAAUUGUAAGAAAAUUACCAUUAGGACGUGGCUGUGCCCCCAAUCUUACAUGGUCUGCUAUGGCUAUGACUUAAGUUGUUUGUAGAUAUUGUUAUAUCUAGUAUUUUGUAUAUGGUUCCCACUGUAUACAACCCUGGUUCUAAAGCCUGUAACGUCCCUCUAUUUAGUGGCCAGCGAGCUUGCGACUCUACAUUGUCUCAAGUUUGCUGGCCACUAAAUAGAGAGACAUUCGAGGCUCUAGAACCAGGGUAACUGUAAACAAGCACAUUCAAACUACUUGCACUAAACCUUUUCUCUUUUGUAACAAAAUUUGGAUUGGCCUUAUUAAUAACAUUAGUUAUCCAAAAUGACAGAAAACGUUUUGAUGGGUUAACAAGUUUGUAAAGAAUAAUUUAUUGCAAUAAGGUAAAAAAUAUAUAAAUGGUACACAAGUGACCUAUUAGAAGAUUUCAAAGUGUAAAUAAACUUUUUGUUUUCAAA